AUGCCAGUCAAUAAAUUUGAGCAAAUUAGAAGGUUUAUUCACUUCAAUGAUAAUGCACAGGUGAAUGGAGGUGAUAAGUUGCAUAAACUAAGACCCAUUCUGGAUCAUUUACUUGAAAAAUUCAGAAGCAUCCCUUUUGAAGAAGAGCUCAGUGUUGAUGAACAAAUGUGUGCCACAAAGGCAAGUCAUCAUUUGAAAAUGUAUAUGCCUGAUAAGCCACAUAAAUAUGGCUACAAAAUUUUUGUAUUAUGUGGUGUAUCUGGUUUUGCCUACAAUUCAGAAAUUUACACCGGCAAUGAAAAUAAAACACGUCCUGAUGAUGAGCCAGACAUGGGAGCCAGUAGCAACGUUGUAGUUCGUUUAACUCGGCCUUUGGAAAGUAACCAGAACUUCAAACUCUACUUCGACAACUACUACACUUCAUUGGUACUGCUUGAUUUGAAAAAAAAAGAGGGAUCUACUCUUUAG